UCACACUGCGAUACCACACGUGUACGUGAAAAAACAUCGAGUUAAAAUGAAAACACCAAAGACCAAAGAAUCGAAAAAAGCUGAAUUAAAGCCGAUAAAGAAGGAGCCCGGCGUGGCGGAGGAGGGUAAAGUGGUCAAGAAGGCCAAAAACAAGCCCAAAAAGAAGGCGGUGAAAGUGCCCAAGGAGGAGGUAAAGGCCGCCGUCCAGGAGAGUCCCAAGAAGCUGUCGGAGAAGGACCUGGCCAAGAUCGAGAAAAAGAAGGCCAAGAAGCUGGCCCAGAAGCUGAAGAAGCAGCAGAACAAACAGUCACCCAAAGAAGCCAAGAAAGAACCUGAAACUACGGUCAAAGUUGAGGAAAAACCCGCCAAAAAGCAGAAAGCGGAAGCCAAGUCGGCUGCCAAGGAAAACCCCAAGGGAAAAGUGACCAAGAAAGCCAAGGCCAACAACAAGAAUGAAGAAGGUGUUAAGAGGGAACGCAAUCCCGCGGACGAAGCUGCCACCGUGUUUGUGGGCAAUCUGCCCAUCAACACCAAGCGUGUCCAGCUGGUGAAGCUCUUCCACCCCUACGGAGUGGUCCAAUCCAUCCGCAUGCGCACCGCCGGUGGCAAGCAGCUCUUCAAGCACAAACAGCGCAAGGGAGCCGGCUCCCUCAACGCCUAUGUGGUGCUCCAGAGCCCGGAGAUUGCACAGCAGGCUCUGGCCCUCAAUGGCUCCGAGUUCAAGGAGAAUCAUCUGCGCGUAACACCGGCAGCGAAGGCGGAUAGACAGGGACGGGAUCAGCAGCCCAAUGACGCGGAUGCCAAACGCACCAUUUUCGUGGGCAGUCUGAAAUACUCUGCCAACGAGGAGAAGCUUCGCGAAAUCUUCUCCAGCUGCGGCGAGAUUGACUACAUUCGCUGCCUCCAGGACGGCGACAAGGGAUGCAAGGGCGUGGCCUAUGUGUGUUUCCAGAAACCCGAUGCCGUGGGCUUGGCUCUGGAGCUGAAUCAGACCGUUCUGGACGACAGACCCAUCAACGUGGAACGCUAUCAGGUCAAGAAACUGGGUGCCAAGCAAGUGCGUGAUGCUGCUGCCGCCUCCGCAGCAUCCAGCACCUCCUCAAAGACCAAGGCCAAGAAACAGAACUCGGCGGGAGCUAAGAAGCGACUGGACAAGAAGAAGGUAAAGGAGAACGGAUCGGCGUCAAAGGAGAGCAAGGAAGCGGCGACGGGGUCUCAGAAGAAGAAGUCCCAGUAUCGGGGCGUGAAAGUCGACGGCAUCAAGAAGGCCAAGAAGCCCAAGAAGAAGAGCAACGACCAACAGACGGCUCUGGCCAAAAAGAUAGCCCCCAAGCCCAAGAGUUAAUUUAUGCAUAGCCUAGGUCUAAGGUUUUAAAUAAGUUGCAAUCUAAUCGAAGGAAAUUCGUAUGACUUUCUGUUACGAAGUUGACCACCGAAUCAGUUCCUGCAAGGGUUAAACAAUUCGAUGUUGACAAAGUAGUCGUUGAAAUAUUACUCAAAGAACACCUUUAAGAUUAUAAUAAAUUGUGUAUUUUUUUUAAAUGUGCAAAAACUUA